AUGGGAGACCUGGAGUGUGGCUAUGAGGAAAUGCAAGGAGUGAGACUGGGAUACCUGCUUAUCAAAGGGAAGCAAAUGUUUGCUUUGUCUCAGGUCUUCACAGACCUGCUGAAGAACAUCCCUCGAACCACCGUGCACAAGCGCAUGGAUCACCUGAAGGUGAAAAAGCACCACUGCGACCUGGAGGAGCUGCGGAAGCUUAAAGCAAUAAAUUCUAUAGCUUUUCACGCCGCUAAAUGCACUCUCAUAUCUCGGGAGGACGUGGAAGCUUUGUAUGUCUCCUGCAAGACGGAGCGCGUGUUGAAGUCCACAAAAAGGAAAGCGAAAGCGGUGUGUUCCUCCGGGGAUGAGGAUGCGUCCUCGAGGUUCCUCCGUGCAGACGCCGAAUUGUGGAAAGAAAAAGUUUGGUUUAGUUUGCACGGUGUCCCGGAGACUCUCACGCUCCACAAUAAAACAGGCAAGAGGAGAGAGAUGACUCCUUGCCUUACCGACUCCAAACUACCUCAAUUUUACCACAAAGCCCACGGACGGGAUUACCGUUCGGUGACCAAGUUUAGUCACAAACACUUUAAAAACUAUGAAACAGAUAAAAUAACAGGGAACCGUGUUACUUUGAGCCAAAGGCACUCGUUUUUCCGGAGCGCUGUGAACCGGCAGCCGGUGGUGUUUCAGUCCGCCAUAGCAGCUCAGUCCAGGCUCUCGCGCUCAGCCGGCGACCUACUUCACAAAAGGAAGAGGAGGCGCGAGGGGGGUGGCGGUAGGGACGGCGCGAGACAUUCGUGGAGCAGGAGCAGACACUCGCACUACCACGUACCGCCGGUGCUACUCCUCCAACCCAAAUCGCCUGGCGGUCACGGGACUACAUCUUCUGGUGCUUUCCACCUCAGUCAGGAUUUCUAUCUGGACUCCCGACCUCACCACCAUCAUCAUCACCAGCACCACCAUCAUCAUCAUCACCACCAUCAUGUGCCGAGUUUCCCAGAGAAUUACAGCAGCGACACAGAGUCCAGCACCUGCCCGGACUCGGACUUCGGCUCCGGGUUCUCCACCAGCAGCAACUCUGGGAGCUCCGAAGAGGAAGAGGAGGAUGAAGAUGACACGCAGUCAGAAAGUUCAGAGGUCAGUUCAGAGGAUGAGACCUCCUCUCAAUCCGACUCCAGCUCAGUUUCAAGCCGCGUUUCGGUCCAGAGCAUCCGGUUCAGACGGGCUCGAGUGGGUUCAUUCGCCAAAAGUUUCAAUUCUAGCAAAGCGCCUUUGUUAUUGCAGCCUACCUUUCACUACAACAACCAACAGCAGCAAGAAAAACAGAACAGAACAGUGGGUCAUGAUGCCACUUCACAAGCAGGACAGAACAAACGUAAGAAAUGUGACAUCACACACAGUGAAACUAGCGGGGGUGUACAGCUAAACCUACCUAAAUCACACUCUACUGCUGUGGGGGAAAGUCUGUUCUUGGAGGCCACAAGGGAAAAUGUGUGCGAGGCGGAUCCAAACAUUACUGACCCUCUGGAUGAGUUGGUCCCUUUUUCAACUGGACACGACCUGUAUAAGGCCUCUCAGCCCCUACGUAAAACACUAGGACAUCCUACCAAAUAUAACCCAGGACUGAGCUCACAGUUUGACCCUAUCAAGUCCCAAAAAUGUGUCGACAAAAGGGAACCUAAAGCCACCAUUUUAAAACUACCCACACCGACGAAAAGGAUAAAGACAGAGCUGGAUGAGCCCCCUCUGACCUCCCAGUCGGACAGUGGCAGAAAAGUCCGGACACCCCCCUUCAACCUCCAAAAUGUGAAAGUUAAAGUGGAGGAAAGCUGGGAUGAAUAUGAAUACCAGAGCCAGGCCACUGUAGUUAAAUGUAAAGGAGAUAAGAGUGAGAGCUGCAAUGGCCAAAAUCCAACCAUCAAAGGAGACUUUUUCAACAACGGGAUUAAAGACACAGAGAAAAGCCCUGAUGUGGAUCCUAGGUCCUCCUGUGGUUCUCAGGAAUGCAGGAGUAACCAGGACACCCCAUGUCUAGAGGAGGGGGAGCACAGAAACAAAAACCACAGGGCUCCCGUGCAGGGGAUCAAGAGACCCCGACUUUUCAGGACGCAUACAAAACAAAACGCGUGCAGAGUCAACAAGGCAGCCUCUUUCUCUUCUACUUCUUCUACUUCUUCCUCUUGUCGUCCCGCAGGCUGUGACGAGGCAUCCACAGAGGAUUUACCGAGCAGACGCAAACGCGGCAACGUGAGCACUGUAGCAUCGCCCGCAAAAACGCCUUUCAGCCUGAUGGCAAACUUCCCAUCCCCACCGUCUCUGAUUGUUGGCAGCGACGGAGAUUUGUGCCCCGCUUACUCUCUUAACUCGCUGAGGGGCCCCGGGCCUCCCCCUCCGUCCCACCCCGUGUGGAGGUGGCAGCCAGGCACCCAGAUUCUCCCUCCCCCACUGAACGCUCAGAGAACUCGGAAAUACUAAACUGGUUUUAAAGACGAAGAGGGGGAAAAACCCUCCGUAUCCGAUCUAACAGUUGCUUGUCUUGACGUGAACGCACAUCGCUCGCAACUUUUCCUGUUCUCUCCCCCCCAAUUUUUACCCUCUGAAUGGAUUUACAUUCCGCUUUGUUUUGAGUGAUCGAGGAAAAGCUAGAGGAUCCCAUUUGGAGCCCGUGAGAACGCCCUGUUGAACUGAGACACAAGCUCGUGGAUUCAUUCUUAAAGACUUGUUUUGAAAUAAGCUAUCAAUCCUAAGCAAUAUGUUUUAUUUCUGUUUGUUUUUUUCUCCCAAUAUUGUGGUCCUUUGACAAUUUUCUGAAUUCAAGUGUUUCUUCUUGGACUUCUCUAUUAUGCUUGACCUGUUGGAUUGUAUAGUAGCAGGGUUUCAGUGGUUUGUGCUUUGACUAUAAGAGGAAAAGGGGUUUAAAAAAAGAGAAAAGAAUCAACGCAUUCCUUUAGAUAAGGCUCCUCUUAACCUGGCAGUGACUGUUUGACGUUGUAACUGAAAAAAAAAAUAAUAAUCAGGGUUUUCCACGGUGUGCCACGUGUUAUAUUUAAAAAGUUUUCUUUUUUUAAUGACGGCCAAAUACGUCCAUGUGCCCACAUGUACAGGUUCAGAGAAUAAUCAAAAACAGAUUUAUACAUUUCUGCAAAUAUGGUCCGACCUAAACUUUUAAUUCCAGGUUGACGGGAAUUAAUGUGUGGUCGCUUUUGGUGUUCUUUGACUUUUCUUUUUUCUUUUGUAAGUGUGCUUCUGGUCUGGUUUCUAACCUUGUGAUUUCUUUGGAUUAUUUCCUGCCCAAGAUGCAAACACAGGCCUUAUGCACAGACAAUCAAAAAAAAAGAAAAAGACACAUUCCCUGAACCUCAUUAAGGUCUCACGAUAUGACGAGACUGAUGUACCUCCAGGUCCACUUGGAUGCUUCUGGGCCUUCAUAUUGGCACCAGGCUGAGUGUGUGUACGCACUGGAGGCACGUCAUUAAAUGAAGGAAAUAUAAAACACAAACAUAGCGACAAUGUCCAAGAUAGGUGGGUGAUUAUGUAGCCUAAGUGGGGUGAGGUGGGGAUGGGGCUCGGAAGGGUGUCAGCACCGUAAGUGCGUAAAACACCUUGUUAACCACUCCGGCUUGAAACAAUGCGACAAAGCACACGAGGCAGGCUUAAAUGCACUGCACUUUGAUACGGUUUUGCGUGCUGUUUCAGCUUUGAGGUGUUAUAAUUAACCUGUGAAAUGUAAGAGACAACAUUAAAGAUAAGACUCUAAUGUGGAUGUAGACAGAAAUCCAAAACUGUUUUCAUUAGAUUAUUUUAAAUAUAUUUGUGAAUCAAACAUAAAUGAGUUUCUGACGGUUUUUCCAAAUCAAUUUCAUUUAACAUAUGCUAAUGUCCUGUUCAUAAGAAGGCAAAAUACAGUAAAUACUUUCGUAUGGCAGUCAUUUUUCUUAAAGACCAUCAAACAAUCAGGUUUCCUGAAAUGUUGUUUUCUUUAUUUGUGAAAUGCAUCCUGAAUGUAGCAUUU